GAUGUAGCCCAUAACCGGAGAUCGAAUAAUACACGGUGCUCUGCUUUAUGUCUGAGUGGCUGUUCAAUAGCCUAGGUUAUAUCAAUCAUUUUACUCCGGAAGUAAUCUACAGGAUUAUCUUCAAUCCAAUCAUGUAGACAAAUGUUUUUAAACUGAUCAGUGAUCAUGCAUGUGAUAUUGUGCUCAGUGUCCAAGGGCAUUGCGCCUACUGUUCAAUAUUCAUAUUUCAUAAGGGACCGAGCAUAGCAUAGUUUACGAGUCUGCAUGCUCGGCUUAGUCCCUUCUGUCACUGUUGACAUAUUCUACCAGACGAGUAUGAACCGAAAGCGCGUUUGAAAGAUUUGGCUAUUGUAGCCACCCCUAUUGUUUGUUUCUCUUGUGCAUUGUUUCCAUAUCUACAAAUGAAUUGCAUUAACGCCCUCGAUACACUCACGGUGGAAUAUACACGGGAGUGACAGACACUUGUCGUGACCCAGGGAUAAACUAAAGCCUUUCUCAGGACAGACCUGGGUGACUGCGGGCGCCAUGAGGUGGCGAGGAGGGCUUGAGAGAGAGGAGACAUCACCCUUCAUCAUCCUGAGCAUCGGGCAACGCAUGAAGUGCACACACGAGCCACAGAGACAGGCAAGAAUGAGACAGGCUAAAGGCGCCCAGAUCUGAGAGGGAGAGGACGGAGGAGCAAGUAAGGGGACGUUAACAGAGAGAGUGGGAAACGGAGGAGUGGAUUCAACAUCCAUUUAUUUAUCCUCAAAUGGGCUCAAACCUGACUGGACCCGACUUGGAAGUGAAAAUGUCCAAGUUACCAGACUCUUCUAUUUUGGACCCUCCUUGUUAGACCUUGAAAACAACUUGCCCACCCCUGUGAGGCGUAGAGCUGAGGGGCAGAGAGAGAGAGAGACAGAGAAAGAGAGAGCAAUAGAGGAAUAAAACAUUCUGGACCCCAUGCAGGCGCGCAAGAAAUAUGUCUUGCUGGGGCUAUGUGCGUGCUGCUGGCUGCUGCUCUUCUAUUGGGGUGGCGGGGUACAGCUCCGUCUUCUCAAGCUGCUGGGGAGGCAGCGAGGCGAGGUGGUGCGCCCAUGGCCCGACUGGACAGACCGAGCCCUCCUGCCUGGCUAUGCCCAGUUGGAGGAACUCCAGACAGGGCCGGGUUCCGCCGAGUCCCCCCGCCAGCGGCGCCAAGCCUGGACUAGCAUCUAUAAAGACAGUCGCUGCCGCAUGGAAACCUGCUUUGACUUCACAAGAUGCCGGCGUAGAGGCCGGGAUGGAUUCAGGGUCUACGUGUACCCAUCUGAGAAGGGUGAGCGCGUGUCAGAGAGCUAUCGUAAGAUACUGACCUCUAUAGGCGAGUCGAGGUAUUCCACAACAGACCCCCGCGAAGCCUGUCUGUUUGUGUUGGGGAUUGACACUCUUGACCGCGACCAGCUCUCGGGGCAGUUUGUGCCCAACCUAGACGAUCGCAUCAAGGGUUACCCGCUUUGGAAUGAGGGGCGGAACCACCUCAUCUUUAACCUGUAUUCGGGAACCUGGCCCAACUAUACAGAGGACCUGGGCUUCAACAUCGGUCAGGCCAUCUUGGCUAAAGCCAGCCUCAACACGGAACAUUUUAGGCCUGGUUUCGAUGUCUCCAUCCCGCUAUUCUCCAAGGAGCACCCCCAGAAGGGGGGCGAGAGGGGCUGGUUGGUGCGAAACACGGUGCCACCACGCAGGAAGUACUUGUUGAUGUUCAAAGGAAAGCGGUAUCUGACGGGCAUCGGCUCAGACACCCGUAAUGCACUGCAUCAUAUCCAUAAUGGGAAGGACAUUGUGUCCCUCACCACAUGUCGUCACGGGAAGGACUGGGAGAAACAUAAGGACGCCCGCUGUGACCAUGACAACCUGGAGUACGAGAGGUUCGAUUAUCAGGAACUGCUCCACAACUCCACCUUCUGCCUGGUCCCUCGUGGGCGUCGUCUGGGCUCCUUCCGCUUCCUAGAGUCUCUGCAGGCGGCAUGUAUUCCAGUGUUGCUCAGUAACGGUUGGGAGCUGCCCUUCUCUGAUGUCAUCCAGUGGAACCAGGCUGUCAUAGAGGGAGACGAGAGAUUGCUACUGCAGGUCCCAUCGACAGUACGGGCGGUGGGGAAUGAACGUGUGAUGGCUCUGAGGCAGCGGACACAGAUGCUGUGGGAAGCCUACUUCUCCUCUGUGGACAAGAUAGUCCUCACCACACUGGAGAUAAUUAAGGACAGAGUGUUCUCCCACAUCUCUAGGAAUAAGUACAUGUGGAACGCCCUACCAGGAGGCCUGCUGGUCCUGCCAGAGUACUCCACUCAUUUGGCCCAUUUCCCUUUCUACUACCUGAGCCUAGGGGUCAGUCCAGGCCAAGAGUUCACAGCCAUCAUCCACGCCGUCUCUCCAUUGGUCUCCCAGUCUCAGCCAAUCAUGAAGCUGCUUCAGGUGGUAUCCAAGUCCAAAUACUGCUCACAGAUUAUAAUCCUGUGGAAUAGUGAGAAACCGCCUCCCUACAGGAGUAAGUGGCCCCCCAUGCCGGUCCCACUCACCGUAACGGAUGGUCGUAGGAAGACGAGCAGUCGUUUCCUUCCCAACGUAGCCAUAGAGACAGAGGCGGUGCUGAGCCUGGAUGAGGACACAGUACUGUUAACCAGUGAGGUGAACUUUGCCUUUUUGGUGUGGAGGAGUUUCCCUGAGCGCAUCGUUGGCUACCCACCCAGGAGUCACUUCUGGGACCCAGUAAAGCAAGCCUGGGGAUACACUUCUAAGUGGACUAAUGAGUACUCCAUCGUUCUGACGGGAGCAGCCUUCUACCACAGGUACUAUCACUACCUGUUCUCUCAUUACUUGCCCCCCUCCCUACGGGCGCUGGUGGACCGCACCUCCAACUGUGAGGAUAUCCUCAUGAACUUCCUGGUGUCCUCUGUCACUCACCUGCCCCCGAUCAAAGUGGCCCAGAGAAAACAGUACAAGGAGCUGCCCAGCCCACAGGUGAGGCCACACCCAUCGAUGGUGAAUCUGACCAAUGAGCUGCCCAGCCCACAGGGCACGAAGAUAAGCGCUCCGUGGGCCAACCCGGAACACUUCUCCCAGAGACAGGAGUGCGUAAACAGCUUCGCCAGCUGGUUUGGCUACAUGCCCCUGGUCCACUCCCAGUUUCGCCUGGACCCCGUGCUCUUCAAGGACCAGGUGUCUGUCCUCCGCAAAAAGUACAAAGACCUGGAGCGGGCCUAACAGACAAACUGACAGAUUGCAUAUAAAGGCCUGGUCAGACAGACAGACCCUGGUGGACUGGUCUGAGAACAAGAAGGGGACCAGAAGGGAAAGCAAAGAGAUGCCGAAGACUUUGCCCCCAGGGGUCUGAGACAACACGCUAUUGGAGGAGGAAACAUUUGAAAGAGGCCUUACGUCCCUCCGUGAUUGGUUCUCCAUUGAGAACGGAUGGGUGUAUGAACACUCAACACUUGUUGACAAUGUCGAUGACUCCCUUUGCUGAUGGUGUGGAGGGGAAAUGUAUUUCAUAUGAAUGGACAGAGCCAACUGGACAUUUACAACUGCAAUACACUCCGGCCGCUGUGUUUUCACAGUACACCUGGUUGUCGGAAAAGCUGCAAAGCGAUUGGUUCAUUUCACAUUCUGUUGUAACUGUAAGAACAAUAAAACAUUUCCUAAGCGCA